UGUAGUUUUCCUGUCAGAGCGCACUGUGGCUUCUGGCGUCUCCCUGACCUCAUAGCCGGAGUCCGGCCAGGCGGGGGAGACUCCAUGGACAACCGGGAGGACCCCGGAGCCGCCGCCAAGGUCGACGCCGGGAAGGGCUCGGGGUCGUCGAGCUCCGAUUCUGACGACGAAGCCGGGGCAUCAGGCCAGUCUGAAAUGGAUUUCCUACGGAACCUCUUCUCCCGGACGUUGGGUCUGGGCAGCGAGAAGCCCGAGAAGGUGCUGGAUGAGCUGACGUUGGAGGGCGUGAGCAAGUUCAUGCUGAGUGAGAAAUGCAAGAAGGUAGUGUGCAUGGUGGGAGCAGGGAUCUCAACCGGUGCAGGGAUCCCAGAUUUCCGUUCCCCGGGCACGGGGCUCUACGCCAAUCUGCAGCAGUACAACCUACCAUACCCUGAAGCCAUCUUUGAGAUCAGCUACUUCAAGCAACACCCAGAGCCGUUCUUUGCCCUGGCCCGGGAGCUGUACCCAGGGCAGUUUAAGCCCACCGUCUGCCACUACUUCAUGCGCCUCCUGAAGGAGAAAGGGCUGCUGCUGCGUUGCUACACCCAGGUAGGUGGAAUCCAGCCCUGCCCCUGGGUCAAGGUACACCUGACAGCGCACUACAAAGCCACAGCCAACAGAAUCUCCUCAGGAUGAGAAGAAACCACCUCCUUCUGUUUCGUUUCAGAAAAGAUCUUCUCGUCCCUCAUCCCCAAGUGUGAAAAGUGUCAGAGUGUGGUGAAGCCAGAUAUUGUCUUCUUCGGGGAGAACCUGCCUUCCCGUUUCUUCUCUCUGAUGCAGUCGGAUUUCCGCAACGUGGAUUUGCUGAUCAUCAUGGGCACCUCCCUUCAGGUCCAGCCCUUUGCUUCCCUCGUUGGCAGGGUGCCCACAAACGCUCCCCGGCUCUUGAUCAAUAAAGAGAAGACUGGGGAGAGCGACCCUCUCAUGUCCCUGAUGGGCUUCGGAUGCGGGAUGGACUUUGAUUCCGAGAAGGCGUACAGGGACGUCGCCUGGCUCGGAGACUGUGACGAAGGCUGCCUGGCGUUGGCUGAGCUCCUAGGAUGGAAGAAAGAGCUGGAGAAACUGGUGAGGGAGGAGCACGCGGCCAUAGACGCCAAAUCAGGCCAGGCUGUCGGAGACGGGGCAAGCGCCUGCAGCGCUCCGGCGAAGGAAGCGAAGCGGCCACCGUCCCCGAAGAAGAAAUGCGAAGAGAAGUAAAGAGGAGAGUGAGACUGUUGAUCCAGAUGCAUUAAACGUUGAAGCCAGCCGGCCACCAGCUGAAUGAACCUUUUUCGCCUCCUUUAAGCUUCCUGCGGGAACUCGCCCUCCUGGGGGGGGCCUAUGGAGACGGAGUUUCCUGGGCGGUGCCGCAGGGGGAGAUGCAAGAGCGCAGUGGGUCCCAGGAUGGGGAUAGAAGUGAGAACGAUACAGAUCCUGCUUUGCCGUGUUUUCUCUCUGCUGACUUUUGGGGAGUGUUUGCUUUUGAAGCCCCACGUUUCUAGAAUUCUGGGUGAGAAGUCGGAUUCUCUGAUUAGCAAUAUGAUCAUCGGGGGGGACGGGGACGCUUUAUUCCGAGUCUGUACCCUAAUCCGGUUUCCGUGAUUUAAUCCCCUCCCUGCUUCUUGUGGAGGAAGGAAGUUUUAACCAAUUGGGUGAGGAUUAUUCUUCACAGGGCCUUCUUCCUGGCUGGGAUCUGGGAGGCCCGGGUUCAGAUCCCCCCACUCGUGCCACGGAAGCUCGCUGGGGUGACC